UAAAUAAUAUAAAACAUUCAAGUGUAAUAAUCUGCGAAGUAAUCCACGAUGACUGACACCGUAGUUAUUUCUUCUCCAGUUGAAGACAAGGCAGUCUCUAAGGUCGACUCUCCGAAGAAAACUGUCGCCAAGACCGAUUCUCCGAAGAAGGCUCCAAAAGCGAAGAAACCAUCUACCAAGCCGACUCAUCCUAGCACCUCUGAAAUGGUCACUGCUGCCGUAAAAGCUCUUGCUGAACGCAACGGAUCAUCUCUUCAAGCCAUCAAGAAGUACGUCGCUGCUAACUACAAGCUCGACGUCGACAAACAAGCUCCGUUCAUCAAGAAGUUCCUCAAAGCAGCCGUCACCAAGGGUAUCUUGGUUCAGACCAAAGGAAAGGGAGCUUCUGGAUCCUUCAAACUUCCAGUUGCUAAAGCUGCAGCUAAGUCGAAGCCCAAAGCCGCUUCUGGUGAAAAGAAAACUGCUGCGGUGAAAAAAGCUCCAGCUAAGAAACCAGCAGCCAAGAAGAUUAGUGAAGCUAAAGUUUCCGUGAAGAAAGUCACUUCACCGAAAAAAGCCGCCACUAAGAAACCAGCUUCACCGAAGAAGGCCAAAGCUCCAGCUAAGCCUAAAGUUUCUGCUUCUCCGAAAGCCAAGAAAGCCACUAAAGCUCCAACUGCUAAACCAAAGGCACCCAAACCCAAAAAGGCAGCUGCUCCCAAAGCAGUCAGAAGUCCAACCAAGAAAGUCUCAGCCAGGAAAUAAAUUGACUCAUCUUUUAAUUUAAUUAUUAAAA